AUGUCAGACAACCAGAGACAGAAGCGUACCUUCAAGAAGUUCGAGUUUCAGGGCAAAUCCCUUGAGGAGAUUACUGCUAUGCCAGAGCCCGAUUUUGUUAAGAUGUUGGACGCUCGCUGCAGAAGAUCAUAUGCCCGUUCCCCAAAGUUGAAACAUGAGCGCCUUGUCAAGAAAUUGUUGAAGAUCAAGAAGGCCACUAAAGCCGACGAGAAGCCAAAGAUCGUCAAGACUCAGUGCAGAAACAAAAUCAUUUUGCCAAACAUGAUCGGCUCAGUCAUCGGCGUUUAUAAUGGAAAGUCUUUCACCACUGUCGAAAUCAAGCCUGAAAUGCUCGGACAUUACCUCGGUGAAUUUUCUAUCACCUACAAGCCAGUCACUCACGGAAGACCUGGUGUCGGUGCUACCCACUCUUCUAAGUUCGUCCCAUUGAAGUAA